CAUUAAAGAGUAUUUAUUGUGUUAUAGAUGGCUGUGCCGCAGCAGAACCAUAAGCGGGGAACUGAUUGGUCCACUUUAUUUAAGCGGCUUGCUGCUGGUGGUUUAAGUGGCUGUUGCACAAAGUUAGCUAUUGCUCCACUUGAUCGAACCAAAAUCUUGCUACAAGCACAACAUCCUUAUUAUAAAGAUCUUGGAAUAUUCAGAUGUGUGUUGGCUAUUAUAAGGAGAGAGGGGGUUAUGUCUUUGUGGAAAGGAACCACCAUGAUGAUGAUUCGAAUAUUUCCGUAUUCUGCUGUACAGUUCUACUCGUUCAAGCAGUAUAAAUCAUUUUACGAGCCACUAAUUGGAAAUGAUCAUAUCGCGAAAAUUUUGUCUGGGAGUUCUGCGGGGGUGACUUCUGUCAUGUGCACAUAUCCUCUCGAUAUGGUGCGGGCACGCCUGGCGUUUCAAAUUACUGGAGAACACAGAUACAAAAGCAUAAGUGCUGCAUUCUCCUCUAUCCAUAAACAAGAAGGGGGUAUGAGAGGGUUUUAUAGAGGGAUUAGUGCUACAGUCAUUGGGAUGGUGCCUUAUGCUGGUGUUUCAUUCUACACAUUUGAUUCACUGAAAGAGCUUUGCAUUAAGCACUAUCCGGAUAUUCUGUCAAGACCAGAUAACUUUUCACCUGAAACUCGAGUUUUAAAACCAUGGGUAUCACUUUUGUGUGGUGGAUUUGCAGGUGCCAUUUCACAAACUGUUUCUUUUCCACUUGACGUUGCAAGAAGACGUAUGCAGCUUGCACAUGUUUUACCAGACUCUCAUAAAUUUAAAGGCAUCUGGUCUACUCUAGCAACAGUGUAUCAAGAAAAUGGGGUGAGACGUGGUUUGUACCGGGGACUUUCAAUUAAUUAUUUACGAGUUAUUCCCCAACAGGCGAUAGCGUUUUCUGUUCAUGAAUAUUUACUUGAAUUAAUUGGUCUUAAUAGAAAGAAAGAUUAACCAUGUUUGUUGAUUAAAUCGUAUUUGUUAAUUUAACUGUGACAGAGCAUGUUUCAUUUUGCAGUUCCUCUGUGUUUCCUUAAGUUUCCUGUGAUGCAAAUUGCGAAUCUUUUGGCUCGUUUUUUUGUCUGAUACAUUAUAUUUUCACAAAGACUUCUAUUUUCCGUUAGCGCUGCAUAAACUUUUGUCUGUAGUGUUAUCAUUUGAAAUACUACUUUGGCUCUAAGUAACAGAAAUCCAUGACAGAUAGUUAUCUAACAAUUAUUUGUCCAGUUUGUCUCGACAUGCCAGUACCCACUAAAAUGGUGCUGAUAAUUUUUGAUAUAUAUGCAAUCAAAUCAGUGUUUCUCUUUAAUUUGCGUUGCCUCAUUUAUUUAUUCUAACACUUGUUUUCCUAUUUUGGCAAACCAGCAAUAAAAGAAAACAAAAUUUAAAACUGUAACCUCCAAAUUAAGAAACUUUGCAAUAAUUAGGUAUUUUCAUUUAUAUUUUUUGCUUGUAGCUUUACAUAAAGUCUUUAUAAGGUGAUUUAGGUAUUUUAAUGAUUUGAGCAAUGUUCUAAUCAUUGUAGUGUACUGAUUUUUAAAAGUUCGUGGGUUAAUUUUUUACAGAACUUUUUUCAAGUUAAAUAUUAACUUGUGCCUUAGACUGUAUGGUCAUAUAUGGAUUAUUCAAAAAAUAUGAAAUUUGUUCAAUUAUUAUUUUUAAAAGUGUUUGGUAUUCUGUGACAUUUAUAAAAGAAAAUAUGAGCAUGUUUUUAAUGUGUUUUAGUUGCAGGUAGUUUAUAGUUAUUUUAUGUGUAUUUACAAAAGAUGUAUAGGCUAUGUUAUGUAACAUAAAUCAAAUUUGGCUAUUAUGAUGCA